AUGUCUUUGCGCAAUUGUCUUAAGACGGCUGUAAAUUACUACACCCUCCAUCAAGGUGAUAAGUUUGUGGAGUUUCUGGAGGCAGGCAUUACCAAAUGUACCACACCGUACAGAUGCUAUAGGGACGAUUUGGCCAAGGCUUAUGUCCUGCUAGCGUCCUACUUUACCUACAUGGCCUACAAGGCGUUGGGCAAACGUCGCCAGGUCCUGUGGGCUAAGGCCUUCAAUUAUAUUCGAAUAUUGGAUGUCUCCCAGCGAUCUGAAGAUAUUCGCUUCCAGGUGGUUAAGGGAUUCGCCCUGAUGUUGUCAGAGAGCCGAGCCCAAGAUGCAGAUGACCAGUUUGUCAGGGUUCUCCGGCAGAAGCCGAACAAUAUCCUGGCCCUGAUUGGUCGCGCUUGUUUGGCCUACAAUCGCCAGGAUUUCGUGGGAUCGCAGGGCUACCUUAAGACGGUCCUAACGAAACAGCCGCGAGGACCCGGCGAUAUUCGCAUUGGCGUUGCGCACUGUUUCCUGAGGAUAGGUGAUCUGGACAGUGCCCGUCGUUUCUUUGAGCUGGCCCUUCGGCACAAUGGGCGAUGCCAGAAUGCCCUACUGGGAAUGGCCCUUCUGAAAAUGAAUCAACGAGAUCAGCAUUUCUAUAGAGAGGGCAUGAAUCUGCUGAUUGCAGCCUACGAAAUGAACAAGCGCCAUCCAAGGAUACUAAGCAUUCUCGCCACCCAUUACUAUUUCAGCAGUAAUCACAAGAGGGUCUUUAUUUUGGCUGGAAAUGCCCAUAGGAACACCGACAAUCCGGAGCUAAAGUCGUAUACUUGCUAUCAGAUUGCGAGGAGUCUCCAUGCAACCGGUCAGUUCGAUUUGGCCAGGAUUUACUACCUCAACUCGGUGAGACUGGCACCAGAAGGAUAUGUUCCUGCCCAAAUGGGACUUGCUCAAAUGCACCUGAGGGACGGGGAUGUCGAUAGGGCCAAGCGAUACCUGGAAAUAUUCCUAAAGUUCCGGCCCAACGAGUCCAGUGCAAUGCGCCUGCUGGCUAAAACAUAUCUCAGGGAAAGAUCCCCGGGACAAAUCGAUAGGGCCAUUGAAAUGCUGGUCAAGGUGGUCACAAGGAAGCCCGGUCGCCAGGAUAUUGACAGCUGGUUAAUGCUGGCAUACGCCUACGAGCAAAAGGGGCUCUAUUUGCAGUCGAUAAAUUGCUAUCACGAGGCCAGGAGGAUUCACCUGGGCCAGGGACACCUGAAGAUCCCGAUCGAGUCACUGAAUAACCUGGCAGCCACUCAGCAGAAGGCCAAACAGCCACAGGCGGCACUCGCUACACUCGACCAGGCCUUUUCGCAGUUUGGCAAUUGCAGGACGGGGGAUAUGCCAAUAAUGCUAUUCAAUCGUGGUCGCAUUCUGGAGGAUCUCCAUAGGAGCGACCUGGCUGAGGAGCAACACCAAUCGAUUAUCGCACAAUAUUCCAAGUACUACGACAGCUAUAUGAGAUUGGGGAUAAUGGCGAUGCAACAGAAUAAGCUAAGCAUAGCCAUUGAUCACUUCAAGGAUGUCCUGUCCUCAGACAACAAUAAUUUAACCGCCAAGACCUAUUUGGGAAUCUGCUAUACGAAGCUGGAACUUCACAAGCCUGCCUUCAACAGUUACAAUGCGAUAUUGAAUAACCCUGAAAACAAUCAGGAUAGCUACUCUCUGAUGGCUCUUGGAAAUGCCUGUCUAAGAAAAUGCCAGAGUUUCAUGAUUAAAGGGGAUAAAUCAUCAGCCCGGAAGCAGCAGGAAAAGGCUUUGCACUUGUACAAGAGGAGUUUAGAUAAUAAUUCAAGAAACAAGUGGGCUUUGAACGGAAUGGGAGCUGCCCUGGCCACCUGUCGUAAUUUACCCAAUGCUGAGUACGUCUUCAGGCAAAUUGUCGCGGCCGGAAGUAAGUGCGCCGCGGCCACCCUAAAUUCGGCCCACGUAGCCCUGGAACUUGGCCAAUUCAGGCUGGCCAGUCAGACCUACAAGAUGUGCCUAAAAGACCUAAUGCCGGAAAACUCUGUGGAGGUGAUGGCUUGUCUAGCCAAAUCUCUAUAUGGCGAGGGAAAGGUCCGCGAAGCCAAGAUGUUGCUGCUCAAGACUCGUCACCUGGCUCCCCAGGAUCAGCUGUUGAUGUUCAAUCUGGCCCUGGUCAUCGAAGAGGACACCAAACGCAUCCUGGCCCUGCCACUGCCCGAAUGGGAGGACCUUCAAAAAGCCGAACGGGAGCUUAAGGUGGCGUACCACUACUUUUACUACCUUAAUCUUACACAAACUGAGAUCUCGGUGCGUUGUACUUCCAAGGGAUUCAGCGAUUGCCAGAGCUUGAUGAACCAACUACUCGAUAAACUAGAAAGCAUGCGUGAUUUGCAGUUAUCGAAGGAGGAACGCAUUCGUUUGCAGGAGCAACGAUAUCUGGACCAUCAGCAGCAGCUGGAGGAUCAACGUCUGCAGCGGGAGGAAGAGAAUCGCAUCCUGCGGGAGAACCAGAUGGCCAAGCGGCAGGAGGUCCUGGAACGCACAAGAAAAAUAAUGAACGCCCCUUUACAGUCUGAACUGCCCAAAAAGGACUCCAGCAAGGGCAAAAAACGUGGCAGGAAAAAUCAGCAGGAUAUGGAAGAAAAGGAAGAUCAACUGCCUGGCUCCAAGAAGAGAACCGCUCAAAAAUCCCGCAAAAGAGCCGCAACCCAAGAAUUGGAUAAUAGUGCUUUCAAAAAGGCAAAAUCCAGGGAGUUCAUAAGCACCGAUGAUGACAGCGAAUCUGAAAAAGACGAAAUAAUGAUAGUUCAUCGGAAGAAGGAGAAGUGA